AUGGCAGGGCCUUCGGAUAUGUUUGGGAAUUGCCCAGCCCCGUUCAUGCAGGAAGACCUCUUCCCAUCUACAGGCGGAUAUUUCAUGAAUAAAACCGAAGUUGCCAAUUGGAUUGCGGUAGGAAUAUUCACCUUGAACUGCCUGUUGUUGAUUAGCUUUGCGGUAUUACCCGUGAAGUGGACGCACCGCCACUACUUAGGCGUGUGUCUGACUGUUGGGAUUGUAUUUAUGGAGCUCUCGUUUAUUGUCCCUUUGAUUGCAAAACCGGACGAAUGUUUUAAUGCGAUUACUCCAAAUCAUAUGGAAUCGGAUUUGGCUUGCGCGUUCUCAGGCUCCUUUAUCUUAUUUGGUGGUUGGGGUGUCAUCGUAUGGAGCUUUUGUCGCGCCUUAUCGCUGCAUUUGCAAAUUUGCUGGGAUGUUGUCCCUGGACAUAAAUUCUUUUUCACCACGCUGACAUUGGGCUGGGUAAUACCAGCGGUCGGUUUGGCCCUUGCCUUAUUCAUAACAGGAAUAUCAUAUCGAUUCGGCAAUAUAUGCCACAUUAAUCACGACAACAGCCUAGCGGAUUUCUGGGGCCCAUUGAUGGGGCUUGCAGCCCUGGCGUUGAUGAUCCAAUUCGUGACGUUGGCGUAUUGCAUCCAUGUUUACAUCAAGUCACUCCUGGACAACAAUCCGACUACUGAUAACAGCUCUGUACUACCAUCGCACGCUGGAAGCGUCCGGACCGUCUCAGCUCGCCAGGCGUACCGCCGAGUGAAGAGGGUUAUCCAAUUGCAAUGGAGAGGAAUUGCUGUGGUCCUUACAAUUAUCGCCAAUGUCGUUUUUUUCGCAGUCAUAUUCCUGUCCUUGGAUAGCAGUGCCAGACGGACGCCAGAACUGGUGAAGAAAUCUAAACCCUGGAUUAUUUGCCUUGCAUUAAGCAAAGGGGAUAAGAAUGAAUGCGCACCCCUGACUUCAAAUUUGGGACCCAAUGAAGCAUCCAUUUUCGCGGUCCUGGUCAUGCUGUCCAUGAGUGGAAUAUGGACCCUUCUUUUCCUCGGUAGAUAUUCCAUGAUUCUCGGCUGGAUAGACCUUUUCAGGAGAAAGCUGUUGCGCAGUGGAGAAUUUGUCUCCGCAGAUGCUCGUGCUGGAACAUCCACGCGCGAUUAUGAGAUGAUUAAUCCAUCAUCACGAAAGGGGGUCGCUAAGAGCCCCGAGCCGUUACAUUCCUCAAGUCCCUCGGUUGUUUCGAUGUCCACUGUUCGACUCUCCGCAGGAAAAGGAGAGUCAGAAACAUAUGCUCCGGAAGUGAGAUAUACCAGUCCCGCAUUGAGUUUUUCUACGCCUCGGCCUCCGAGCGCUUCACACAACCGUAAUAACAAUCGUUCCCCGGGCGGUCGCGAUUGGAAUCCACAGACAUCAUUUGCUCGGGGAAACCCUCAGGCUUCAUACUGGUAUGACGAUAGCGACCGGUGA